AUGGAGUGGCAGCCAGAUGAGCAAGGGCUCCAGCAGGUCCUCCAACUGCUUAAGGACUCGCAGUCGCCCGACACAACUACACAGAGAGCCGUCCAACAAAAACUUGAACAACUAAACCAGUUCCCUGACUUCAACAACUAUCUCAUAUUUGUCCUCACAAGACUUAAAACAGAAGACGAGCCUACUCGCUCGCUCAGCGGUCUGAUAUUGAAGAACAAUGUUAAGGCCCAUUACCAGAACUUCCCGCCAACUGUUGCCGACUUCAUCAAGCAGGAAUGUGUCAACAACAUUGGUGACCCCUCUCCGCUCAUCCGUGCCACCAUUGGUAUCCUGAUCACAACAAUUUCCUCCAAGGGGGAACUGCAAUCAUGGCCUGAGCUCCUUCCUCAGCUCUGCAACCUGCUCAACUCUGAGGACUAUAACACAUGCGAGGGCUCGUUUGGAGCGCUGCAGAAGAUCUGUGAGGACUCGUCUGAGCUGCUGGACAGUGACGCUUUGAACAGACCGCUCAAUAUCAUGAUACCGAAAUUCCUUCAAUUCUUCAAGCACUGCAACCCAAAAAUUAGGUCCCAUGCGAUAGCCUGUGUAAACCAGUUCAUCAUUGGCAGAGCACAGGCCCUAAUGAACAACAUUGACACCUUCAUAGAGAGCCUCUUUGCGCUGGCAGCAGAUGAGGACUCUGAAGUCAGAAAGAAUGUUUGCCGGGCUUUGGUCAUGCUUCUGGAGGUCCGUAUCGAUCGUCUCAUCCCUCACAUGCACAGCAUUAUACAGUAUAUGCUCCAGCGCACACAGGACCCGGAUGAAAACGUAGCUCUGGAGGCCUGUGAGUUUUGGUUGACUCUAGCAGAGCAGCCAAUCUGCAAAGAGAUGCUGUCAGGACACCUGGCGCAACUGACGCCUAUCUUGGUAAAUGGAAUGAAAUAUUCAGAGAUAGACAUCAUACUGUUGAAGGGAGAUGUGGAGGAAGAUGAGGCCGUACCAGACAGCGAUCAGGACAUCAAGCCGCGUUUCCACAAGUCUCGCACUGUGACUUUGCAGCAUGAAGGUUUAGAACGUGGCGACAGUGAGGACAUUGAAGAUGAUGACGACGAUGACGACGACACACUGUCUGACUGGAACCUCCGGAAGUGUUCAGCAGCAGCAUUGGACCUGCUUGCCAAUGUGUUUCGAGAUGAACUGCUACCCCACCUGCUUCCACUCUUGAAAGAACUUCUCUUCAAUCCUGACUGGGUCAUAAAAGAGUCUGGCAUCCUUGUAUUGGGUGCAAUUGCUGAGGGCUGCAUGCAGGGCAUGGUUCCCUACCUGCCUGAGCUCAUCCCUCACCUCAUCCAGUGUCUCAGUGACAAGAAGGCUCUUGUACGCUCCAUCGCCUGCUGGACCCUUAGUCGUUACGCACAUUGGGUAGUCUCCCAGCCCCCAGACUCUUAUCUCAAGCCCCUCAUGACAGAGCUUCUUAAGUGCAUCCUCGACACAAACAAGAGGGUUCAAGAAGCUGCCUGCAGCGCGUUUGCCACCUUAGAAGAGGAGGCAUGCACAGAGCUUGUACCAUAUUUGAGCUUCAUUUUGGACACGCUGGUCUUUGCUUUUGGAAAGUACCAGCACAAGAAUCUACUCAUCCUCUAUGAUGCCAUUGGAACGCUGGCAGAUUCGGUGGGACACCACCUUAAUCAGCCAGAGUAUAUCCAAAAGCUGAUGCCCCCUCUUAUUGCAAAGUGGAAUGAGCUCAAAGAUGAGGACAAGGACCUAUUUCCUCUUUUGGAGUGCCUGUCUUCGGUUGCCACUGCACUGCAGAGUGGGUUCCUGCCUUACUGUGAGCCUGUCUACCAGCGCUGUGUCACACUAGUCCAAAAGACUUUAGCUCAGGCUAUGAUGUACAACCAGCAUCCAGAUCAAUAUGAGGCUCCUGACAAGGACUUCAUGAUAGUGGCCCUGGAUUUGCUCAGUGGUUUGGCAGAGGGUUUGGGAAGUCACGUGGAGCAGCUUGUGGCACGGUCUAAUAUCAUGACACUGCUUUUCCAGUGCAUGCAGGAUACGAUGCCUGAAGUGAGGCAAAGCUCUUUUGCUCUGUUGGGAGAUUUAACGAAGGUCUGCUUCAUGCAUGUUAAGCCUUGCAUUGCUGAGUUUAUGCCCAUCCUUGGCCUUAAUCUGAACCCAGAGUUUAUUUCAGUGUGCAACAACGCUACAUGGGCCAUUGGGGAAAUUGCCAUGCAAAUGGGUGCAGAGAUGCAGCUUUAUGUUGGAGUGGUUUUGCCACAUUUGGUGGAGAUCAUCAAUAGACCUAAUACACCAAAGACCCUCCUGGAAAAUACAGGUGCGCUCAAACAGGUUUUAGCACUACCAGCCAUAACAAUAGGUAGACUGGGUUAUGUCUGCCCUCAGGAAGUGGCGCCACAGCUUCAGAAUUUCAUCAGGCCAUGGUGCACAUCGCUGAGGAAUAUCAGGGAUAAUGAAGAAAAGGAUUCAGCCUUCCGCGGAAUCUGCGUGAUGAUCGGUGUCAAUCCAGCUGGUGUUGUGCAGGACUUCAUUUUCUUCUGUGAUGCUGUGGCAUCCUGGGUCAACCCCAAGGAUGAUCUGAGAGACAUGUUUUAUAAGAUCUUGCAUGGCUUUAAGGACCAGGUCGGUCAAGAGAACUGGCAGCAAUUUUCAGAACAGUUCCCUCAUUUGUUGAAGGAGCGCCUGUCAGCAUGCUACGGCGUCUAA